AUGCCAACACCAGCACACGGCGGCAUGGAGCGUCGAGGGCCUUUUGCUGUCUGUCCGUCUCCCUUGGUCCUCUCUCUCUCUCUCUCUGUGUGUCUCAGUCUCGUUCUCGUCUCGUCCGUCUUUGUCUCUGCCCCCUCUCUACCCACGCCCACGGCGCUGAUUCCUCCCGGCCACCGGCGUCUCCAUUCCAUCCGUCGUGGCCGCGCCUCGACUCCGUCGACGCCAUCUGCCGUGACCAACAUCACAUCGCCCACUCUUCCCUCGUCCAUUAUGCCCCGGCCCCGGGCUCUGGUGUAUCGCGGGCCGGCGAGCAGCCACGGCUUGCCCGAGGCCGUCGCCAAGCUCCUGGAGUCCUCCCCGCGACGCUUUGACGUCCAGUACGCAGGCCCAAGCGAGGCCAUCCAGGUGUCGCCCGAGAGCCUGAGCAAGGUGGACUUCUCGCUUGCCACGCGCUCGCUCGCUUGCUCUCCUUGGCCCGAUGCGUCGCCCGCCCUCGCUCGGUCCAAGUUCCAACAAGAACAAGAACGAGAACGAGAGCUGCAUCAUGACGCCGCCACACGUCGCAACACCAAUGCCACGGCGAGACUGACGAGGCGCGCAGACCUCGACGACGCCUGGGCCGAGACCAAGGCCUUCGCGCCCGCGAUCCGCAACUUCGUCGCCCACGGAGGCCGCUACCUCGGCUUCUGCCUGGGCGCCUACCUGGCCGGGCACACGCCGGGCUUCGGGCUGCUCCCCCGCGGCGCCGACACGGACGCGGAGAGCGACCAGCGCGGCGCCCAGGUCACCGGCGCCGCCGACUCCAUCAUCCAGGUCGACUGGACGUUCGCGACGGGCCCCAGGGCCGGCCAGCGCGCCCCCCGGCGCUGGGUGUACUUCCAGGAGGGCGCCGUCAUCAAGGGCCUCCGCGAGGGCGACACGGCGCUCGUGCUGGGCCGCUACUCGCAGGGCGGCCGCGUCGCCGCCUCGCUGACCAAGUACGGCGACGGCUGGGUCGGGCUCGUCGGGCCUCAUCCCGAGGCGACGCUGGAGUGGUUUGCUCUUGAAAACCUCGACUGCCCGCACGGCGAGCAGUUUGACAUUGGGCACGAUUUGAUCGAGGCCACCAUGCUGGGUGGGCCGAGUGCGUCGGUACCCAAGUCUUGA